AUGAAUAUAUUUUAUAAAGCUUUAAUUAUUAUUGCUAUUAAGAUACCAAUUUAUUUGGGAAGAAAUUUAAGCAAUGGGAAUAAAUAUUAUGUUCAAAACACACCUAUAAAUGUAGAAUAUAAAAACACAUUUUCAAAUAUAAAAAGAAUUAAACCAAAUAAAAAAUUUGAAAGUAAAAACAAUCUUAAUAAGACACUCUUUCUUUAUAAUUAUCAAGUAAAAUAUGGAAAGAUUAAAAAUUCAGGACAAGUUAAUUUGAAAAUUGUAAAUGCUCAUAAAAUCAAUUUGAAAAAAGAUAAAAACUUAUUUAAUAAUAUAAGUAAUAAUGCAAAAUUUGCAUUAUUUAAUUCAAUUAAAGAUGAUAUAACAAGUUUUGAAGAUGAUAUUGGUGAUAAUGGAAUUAUUGAUGAUAUAUCAUCAUCGAAUGAUAAUUUUCCAAACACUCAAAAUGAAGUGGUGAAUACAGGAACAUCAGAAAAUAAUGAUAAUUUAAAUGUAAAUAUGAUUGAAAAAAAACGAUGUUCUUUUUUAAAUAAACUAGUAGAAGGAGGAAAGACAAUUUCAUUAUUAAGUUUAUGGUAUGUUUGCAAUAUUUUCUAUAAUAUCGAAAAUAAAAAAGCAUUGAAUAUUUUAAAUUUGCCCAUUACAAUUGCUAUAACUCAAAUAUUUGUUGGGUUGCCUAUAUUUUUAAUUCCAUGGUUAUUAAAAAUACGAAAAAGACCUGAAUUAUUUUAUGAUAAUGAAGAGUUGAAAAAUAUAAAUGUUAGUGACAGAAAUGUUAUAGUAAAAGCACUUCAGAAAUAUAAGUUAUUCUUAAAAAAAUAUAAAAGCAUAAUAAAACAAAGUAUAUAUCAUGGUUAUGUUCACUUAUUAUCUGUUAUAGCUAUGGGUGCAGGUGCAAUUAGUUUUGUUCAUAUUGUUAAGGCAUUGGAACCUUUGUUUGCAGCAUUUUUUUCAUUUUUCUUAAUGAAUAAUAGAAUGUCAUUUUAUACUUAUUCAUCCCUAAUACCAAUUGUAUUUGGUGUUUCAUUAGCAUCAAUAAAAGAAUUAUCAUUUACAUAUAAAGCUUUAUAUUCAACAUUAGCUGCAAAUGUAUUUUCAACAAUGAGAGCUAUAGAAGCUAAGAUAAUGAUGGGAAAGAAUCUUGAAAAAUUAGGAAAGAAUUUAACACCAGGUAAUAUAUUUGCAUUGUUAACGAUUUUUUCAGCAGUAUUCUUAACUCCUGCCUUAUUCCUAGACGCAUUUAAGUGGAAAGAUGCAUAUUAUUAUUUAAUAAAUAAUAAUGCUAAUGUAAAAAUAUUAGCAAGACAUGUUUUAAUGUCAGGUUUAUGGUUCUACUUAUACAAUGAAUUAUCAUUUAUGGCUCUUCAUAGAUUAAAUCAUAUUUCUCAUGCAGUUGCAAGUACAGUUAAAAGAGUUUUCUUAAUAUUAACUAGCUAUUUUAUUUUUGGUACAAAAUUUUCCUUCAUGGGUGGACUUGGUUCAUCUAUAGCUGUUACUGGAACAUUAUUAUAUUCAUUAGCAAAACAAAAAUUUGGUUAG